CACAACGGCGCGAUGGAGCGAGCGUGGCUGUCGUUGCUGCUGCCUCUGCUGCUGGUGGCGGACCACCGCUGCGCCGCCGAGGUGUUCACCAACUCGUUCCUGGUGGCGCUGAAGGGGCGUCCCGACGCCGAGCUGGCGCGCCGGGUGGCCGCGAGGAACGGCUUCGACUGCCUGGGCCCGCUGCUGGGGUCGGGCAACCAGUUCCACUUCGUGCAGCGCGCGCUGCCGCACGCCCGCAGCAAGAGGAGCGCGGCGCACACCCGCCGCCUCGUAGUGGACCCGCAGGUGGAGUGGGCGGCGCAGCAGACGGGCUUCAAGCGCGUCAAGCGGGGCUACAAGCCGCUGCGGGUGGAGAACCUGGUGCGCGACAUGCGGCCGCAGCGGGACCCGGCGGACCCCUACUUCCAGUUCCAGUGGUACCUGAAGAACACGGGCCAGAACGGCGGCAAGGCCAAGCUGGACCUCAACGUGGAGGCGGCCUGGGCGCAGGGCGUCACGGGCAAGAACGUCACCACCGCCAUCAUGGACGACGGUGUGGACUACAUGCAUCCUGAUCUCAAGCAUAACUACAACGCCAGGGCCAGUUACGACUUCAGCAGUAAUGACCCCUACCCCUACCCGAGAUACACAGAUGACUGGUUCAACAGCCACGGGACGCGAUGCGCCGGUGAGGUGGCGGCCGCCAGGGAUAACGGCGUGUGCGGCGUCGGCGUCGCCUACGACUCCAAGAUAGCAGGCAUACGCAUGCUGGACCAGCCCUACAUGACGGACCUGAUCGAGGCCAACUCCAUGGGCCACGAGCCCAGCCUCAUCGACAUCUACAGCGCGUCGUGGGGCCCCACCGACGACGGCAAGACCGUCGACGGACCGCGCAACGCCACCAUGCGCGCCAUCGUGAGGGGCGUCAACGAGGGCAGGAACGGGCUGGGCAACAUCUACGUGUGGGCGAGCGGGGACGGCGGCGAGGAGGACGACUGCAACUGCGACGGCUACGCGGCCAGCAUGUGGACCGUGUCCAUCAACAGCGCCAUCAACGACGGCCAGAACGCGCACUACGACGAGAGCUGCUCGUCCACGCUCGCCUCCACCUUCAGCAACGGCGCCAAGGACCCCAACACCGGCGUGGCGACCACGGACCUGUACGGCAAGUGCACCACGACGCACUCCGGGACCUCAGCGGCGGCGCCGGAGGCGGCUGGUGUGUUCGCCCUCGCCCUGGAGGCAAACCCGCAGCUGACGUGGCGCGACGUGCAGCACCUCACGGUGCUCACCUCCAAGCGCAACUCGCUGUUCGACGCCAAGGGCCGCUUCCACUGGACCAUGAACGGCGUGGGGCUGGAGUUCAACCACCUGUUCGGGUUCGGCGUGCUGGACGCCGGCGCGAUGGUGGCGCUGGCCAGGCAGUGGAAGAGCGUGCCGGCGCGGUACCACUGCGAGGCCGGCACCGUCGCCGACGUGCAGGAGAUCCCGCCGAACCGGUCGGUGCUGCUGAAGAUCGCGACCAACGCGUGCCAGGGGCAGGACACCCAGGUCAACUACCUGGAGCACGUGCAGGCUGUCAUCACGCUCAACGCCACGCGCAGGGGAGACGUGGAGCUGUUCCUCACUUCGCCCAUGGGCACCAGGUCGAUGAUCCUCAGCCGGAGAGUGAACGACGACGACCACCGUGAUGGCUUCACAAAAUGGCCGUUCAUGACGACGCACACGUGGGGGGAGUACCCCCAGGGCACGUGGCUGCUGGAGAUCAGUUUCAACUCGCAGUCGUCGCAGUCCGGCUUCAUCAAGGAGUGGACGCUGAUGCUGCACGGCACGAGAGACCCGCCAUACAACGACCUGCCCGUGUCCGACCCGCACUCCAAGCUCGCCAUCGUCAAAAAGGCUCACGAGGAGCGCAGCAAACUGUAAGCGGCCUGGUGCUCAUGCCUGCCGCUGUUAACCUUCGACGCGCGCCCCCUCCAUCUUCACCUCUCUCCUUACCUUUGCCAUCGCGCGCCUCCCCUACCAUACUCUCUCCUUAUUAGAACCCCCGCUGCUUGGUUCCCCUCCCUACAAUCUUCCUAACCGCGCACCACCCCCACCCCAAUCAUCUCUCCCCUUAACUUCUCCAUCGCGCACCUCACCUACCAUAGACUCCUCUCUCCUCCUUACAACCCCCACUACUUGGUUCCCCUCCCUACAAUCUUCCAGAUCGCGCACCACCCCCCACCCUAAUCAUCCCUCCCCUUAACUUUUCCUUCGCGCGCCUCCCCUACCAUAGACUCCUCUCUCCUUACAACCCCGCUACUUUGUUCCCCUCCCUACAAUCUUCCAGAUCGCGCACCACCCCCCACCCUAAUCAUCCCUCCCCUUAACUUUUCCUUCGCGCGCCUCCCCUACCAUAGACUCCUCUCUCCUUACAACCCCCGCUACUUUGUUCCCCUCCCUACAAUCUUUCAGAUCGCGCACCACCCCCCACCCUAAUCAUCCCUCCCCUUAACUUCUCCAUCGCGCACCUCCCCUACCAUAGUCUCCUCUCUCCUCCUUACAACCGCCGCUACUUGGUUCCCCUUCAUACAAUCUUCCUAACCGCGCACCACCCCCCACCCUAAUCAUCCCUCCCCUUAACUUCUCCAUCGCGCACCUCCCCUACCAUAGACUCCUCUCUCCUCCUUGCAACCAUCGUUGCUUUGUUCCCCCACCACAACCAUCACAUCUCUCUUCCUUACUAUCUCCCUCACUGCACGGCUCCCCCAUCCGCAAACAGCUCUCUCCACCUUACAGCACAAAUACUCGCCAUCCCCACCAUCACCACCACACACCUCUCUGGCCACCAUCACCACUACUGCUACUCCAACUUAUCGGAGGUAGUUUCCGUAAUAAUUUCGCGUUUAUAAUUUAACAUUUUUGUUCAUGACUUAAAUUGAACUCAUUAUAACCACAUCAGUUUUUUUAAAUAUCAGUUUAUUUAUUUCAUGAGGCUGGUUUUAAAAUUUAUUUUAACAUCAUAGACCGAUUUGGAUUUAAACUCUAGAAUGAUAUGGAUCGUUUAUUAAUGUGGUAUGUAGUUUUGUAUUACCUAGCCUAUUUUGCAAAUCAUUCGUGUUUAGAAAAGAAUCCAUAAAUAUCUAAUAGUUUGGUUUUACGAUAUUCUUAUAAAGUAAUUGUAGGGGUUAUAGUAAAAUUAAUUUUUUGGUGAGGUCGAUAGUUGAAAUCCUAAAAUAAAUUAACAGUUUUGAGGAGAAGAGCUACGUACAAACGGUUAUAUACCACCCGAACACAUGCACUCAUUUCACGAUAGAGUUGACACAUAAAUCAGCCUUAAAAGUUAAAAAUAAAAAAUCAAAGAAAUGAUUAUUAAAUUUACAAAAUUAUUUACAAACAAUAAUUAAAAAUUAUUUUGAGAAUUUAUUUUUAAAUAAUCACAAAAAUAUAGAUAGUUUAGGUGAUUCAAUCGAAAUAAUUUGGGAAAACAGCUCCUGCUACUCGUCCCAGUUACAACUUUCUAACUACCCCCCUCCCUUCCUUCCCUAAACGAAAUUUCCGACGCCUAAGCCCCACGCGCAAGAUGGCGCCGACGACUGUCAAGAGAACCAAACGUCGCUCGUACCUACUCGAACUGCACAAAAACACAGGAUGAAGCAAGAGCACAUUGUAUCAAGGUCACAUCCAGAGGAAGGGACGUGUACACUAUGGACUUUUAGCCCAAGCCUCCAAGACGCCGAUGUUGUAUUAAUAAGCUAUUUUACGUUUAUCCUGUCAGUUUCACUACUAAAAAAAUUUCAGCGCUAACACUAACAUUUAAAUACCUGAAUAUUUCACACGUUCGUUCGGGUAGCAAAGUAGAAUCUAAGCACAUACAGGUUCUAACAAAAGCUUAAGACCAUUAGAUAAUUUACUAUGAUAAUAUUCCACUCAGUAAUUUUGGUAAAAUUUGCUUAUUAAGCACAACAAAUCCUUUAUAAACUUAUUUUAAAUAGCUUUUGACGGAUGGUUAAGAUAUGCUAUAAAAAAUAAGGGUGAUUAGAACUUUUUCUCGGAACUGAUAUUUGUUAACCAUUACUUUCUUUAUUAAUUACGAUUUAGAAAACAAAUUACCGUAUUCUAGCGAGAGCUUUUUUUUACUAGACAAAAGUUUUUUGAAUAUACAAAAAUUGGAGCUUACUUCAUUAUUAUAAAAAAUAUAUGUAUUUUUUAAAACCAUUACAUUUAUGGAAGUUAAUAAUGUUCAAAACUCUAUAGUUUAUUUUGCUGAAAUAUUUAUUAGUUUAGUUAGGAAUGAAUAAUAAAUAAAAUUAAUGUGGUAUUUCUACCGGAAGUUUAUUAACAAAAAAAUUAUUAUCUUAAGUCUACUAAUGGUCAUAAACUUAACGAUUAAACAACAGUUCUCUUGACACGCCCUUGACCACUCGGAACCAAUCAUAAAUAAGUAAAAGAAGUGGUUUCUUGAUCACGUAAUACCAUCCAAAGGAUGACACCUUGAUUUCGACCAACGGGCACUCUAAAAAUUAUUGAUUAUGUAUAGUCAAGUUGAGUUUACCCUGGAGUGUAAUAAACCCUCAAUUUAAUCGUGGCUCUUCUAAUACCGCGAUUACACAAGUAUCUAUAUUUAUUUAUUUAUUUAUUUAUUUAUUUACUUGUUUAUUUUUCGUUUGUCAGAGAAGCAUUGUUUGAUACACCACUAGUCAAGAUAUUAUUCUUCCAACAAUCUUCAAACCAUGCAUUUCCUAAGAACUGUUUACACGACCCUUUUUUAACAGUGUAUUUUAACGUGAAUAACUUGCAUUAAAAUCUAUACAAGCAUUUCUGUUACUUUUUGUGAAUUAGAAGUAGCUUACCUUCGUAUCAGCCAGUAUAAAACUAUUUCAUAGUUUUGAAAUAAUUUCCGCCCUGGUUAAUCAUUAUAAAAAGGAUGCUUUAAUAAUAAUGAAACUUUUUUCAGCUCAUUAACUGAAGCUUAGAAAAAAUGCUGUAAGAAUUGUUUUAUAUACUACCCCUAAGUAUACAGUAAUACAUGUUGUCAUUUAAUUAAGAUGGUUAUCUGCAAUGUAGAAAUAUUUGGGGGAAGAAUUCAAGUCUCGAUAAUAUUUGUGAGUCAUUUAAUUUUUAAUAUAACUCCUGUUUGUGCAGUAAUUUAUGAAGAGGUAAAGUAUUUUAAAUAUUUGUGUAGGGCGUAUCCAUAUUUUUGUGCAAACACAUCAUGUAGGUAACCUGUAGUUCCUACUUGGUAUGAAAAAUUAGAUAUUUUUAACAUACAAUAAAAAAACUUAAAAAUUUAACAUAAUAUUUUUGAAUAGCUCUUUAAUAUAACUAGUAAAAUGAUUUUAUUCAUAGCAACAUAAUUUAUUUUUAAUAUAUCGAAUUCGUAGUAAUAUUAAUUAUAUGAGCUACAUAUCAUUCAAACUAAUUUGAUUGUAAUGCGAUGGAAAAUUAUUAAAAAUGCAAAAAAUAUUUCUAUAAUGCAGUAACGAAGUCCUUCAAAUAUGUCAAAAUCAAACAAUUAUGUGCAUGACUUAGAAUAUAAGAAUUUGAUUGAAAUAAUCCACAUAUGCAGAUGAUUAUUUCUCUUGACAGUUGUGAUGGUAUACACAAAUAAGCAUAAAUUUAUGUAACAUGACAUUUGUGUUAAUUAGUGUUUGGUUCCAUGUAUAUUAGAACAAAAUGGCACAGUUCCAAACAAGAAAAUUUUAUCCUUAAAAAUUUAUCAUUCUACUCUGGCAUAUACACUAUAAUGUAUGAGCUGAAAAAAUCUCUAAGGCAUAGUAUUUGACAGUUUGACCAAGCUGAUUUUUUCAAUGUGUUGUAACUAGCUUAUAUGUUAUAUACAAUAAAUAAUUAAUGUUAAAAGACAUUAAGUUCAAUACGAAACUGAAAUAAGAAAGUAGUUCAACAUAUGAAAAUAGAUAAUUUUAACGUUAAAAUAUUAUUUUAUAGUUAACUGAAAAGUCUGUAAGUUGUUUAUGAUGUUUAAUUGUUGUAGAUUAUCAAAAAUUAAAAAAAAAUUCAAUAACUGUACCUAUGGCUAUUUCUGUACCCACAGUACUACAAAAACUGUUCUACGCCGUUAGACUGUAUUAGUGGAAUAUUAAAUAAAUAUAGUUAUAUUUUGGUUAGAAAAUUUAAAGAGCAUUUGUGUAGUUUUGUGAAACCAUAUAAACCAUUCUCACUAGCAUGAAAAACACAAAUUUAUUUUUAAAAAAAAAGUGUGUGUCGAUUUCUUAGAUUAUUUGUUGGACUUCUUACUCUAUAUACGUUAACAUUCCUUCAAACAUUGCAUCCUUGUUUACUCGCUAGCUUUCUGUGUAAAUGUAAAUGUAUUUUACAUUUAUAAUAACAUAUUUUCAGUAUUUUUUAAUUACAGCAACGUAUGUUUUAUGUUAAUGUUUGGAAUUUAUUACUGUAAUUCUGUCAUAAACAUUUAUUAUACUAACUCUAAACUUGGAAGAGUGGACCAGUACAUUUUGCUACAUUAUGGCAAACUUUCAUUGAAGCAUAAAUUUAUAAAUGAAAGAUUGUAAAAUAUUGUACAGUUCUCCGUUUUAUACGAGAAACCAUGAAGGAUAUAUUUAUUUUAUUAUUGAUGAAAAAUGAUUUUGUUUUGUAGAAUUUUAAAACAAAAUAAAAAAUGAAAUUUUGUUUAGCACUUAGUGUGUUAUCACAUUCCUUAUAAAAUAUUUUAAUGGACACUAAACCAUCACAUUUCAAUGUACUGUACAUAAUAUAUAACAAUAUAAAUUAUCAUGAUGUUAUACUAUUAGGUUUUUAAUUUAAAUUUUAAGUAAUUGGUAUUUAGUAUUAGAAUAUUACAGAAGAGUCAAGAUUGUUGUAUGUAGAGAAAUGAAAAAUAUUCGGCCACCAAGGUAAACGAUUAUUUUGUAGAGCCCAUGCUAUAUAUUACGAUAGAGUUGAAUGAAUUGGUAAUGUAUUAUUUCUAAGUGAAUUAAACAAUAAUUAAGGACUACCUUGAAACAACUUUCAAUUUUUUUAAAGUGAAAAUAUUACUUAAAGGAAAAUUGCAGCAAACAUUACCUUAGAAAUUCAAUUUUUAUUAACAUUUCAUAUAUAGGGUCUAAAAGGUUUCAUUUUCCUAAGUAAAUAUGCGUAAAAAAUGUAUAUAAUGUAUUUUAAAAAGAUUAUCUACCUUACCUGAAAUCUGAAAGCAGACAUAAAGUUACGUGUCAUUAUAAUACACGUGAACUCCCAAAGUAAUUGUUCUUUAUUUUAUAGCGAAUAAUAGAACCACUAAAUAAAUAUUAUAAUUUAAAACUGUAACAAAUAGUUAUUAUAUUUUCAUUGCAAAAAUAACUUUAAAGACUUUCAAUGGAGUCACUUAUUAAAUUUUGUCAGGUAGGACAUAAAGUGAAGUAUAUUCACUUGAGCAAGGGUAUAAAAUAAAAAUUCACCUUGAUCGUAGUAUAUUGUAUCAUUCCAUUUACUGUAAGUUUUUAUUUCUUACGCUGGUAAAUUUUAUAUGUGGGCGUGAAGUAUUACUAGAGUGAAAUUCGCUUACGCUUAUAAGCUCACUUGGUAAUUUCAAUCAGGAUUCGCAAUUCACGGGAAAGACAGAUGUGAAGCUAUAAAUCAGUAGCUAACCGAAGAAAAAUAGGUUACCAUCAGACCGUGGAAAAAGCAAUUUUCAAUUGUAGGUUUUCUGAAAUGACCAAAAUGUCUUCAUUGUUUAGAUCGAGUUUUCACUCUUUAACAGGGUAGUAGCCUAAAUUGUAAUAAUUCGUAUUUUCGAAUAUGAUUUCAAAUAAAUUCACGAUACAUGUGUCUAUAAAACAUGUUUUGGCUUUUAAGCAAUUCCUUAUUUAACAGUUUUUUUUUAAUUUAAUAUGUAUUUUUUGUGACUUUUGUCUUAGAACUCUUUAUUUUUUUGGAUAUCAUUCACUAUAUCACUAAAUAUUAGGUUUAAACUAAAUCUUGAUAAACUCAGGUUUAUAUGGUUUGAAAAAACCUAACUUUAUUGAUUAAUGAAUGAUAUACUAAAAAUGAAGAGUUCGAAGACGAAGACUACAUAUAACUGAUAAUCGAAAGCUAUAUAACAUAUGAUUUCAUUCUUUCAAUACAUACUAGUACGGACAUUAAAAAAAACACAUUAAAUCGGGACUUGUUGAGUAGGAAAAACCUUUUAUAAAAUAUAAAAUAUGUUCAAAUUAUGGAUCUUUUACAUAAUGUUUGUAAACAUUAAAUAUUAUAAGCAAAAUAAUUAAAGAUAAGUCUACUACCCAGUUAAGGCUUUGCGUCACCCAUCAUGCUGCAUUAAUCCAUUUUCAUUCAAUUAUUUUUUAUCUAGGAUAAUUAUUUCAGAUGUUCCGCUGUAUAAGCAGUACAUUUUUAGUUCUGUAGAAAAUUUUGCCCUAUACUAUAUUAUGCUUGUCUGUUUUUGUAAAAGGUCCGUCAAAUAUUUAUAGUUACAAAUCUUAUCCCUGCCUAAAUGCGUGUUUAUCACUCAAGAGAAGUUUAUAUGAUGGGUUCACACAGUUGAAAAAAAAACACAAAAUUGCUUCUGUAAUAUCGAUUGUUUUAGAGUUUUUUCUUCUUAAAAGUCUGCUUUGCGGGUAAAGCCAAACAUCAAGUUAUGUACGACGUUCAAACAGAGUCACGGCCGUAGACAAAAUGUUUGACCGACAGGCAGUACACCGACAGUCGUUUCGCCGAAAGUCAUUUAACCGACAGGCAGUAGACAGAAAAUCAUUUAACCAACAGGCAGUACACUGACCGUUAGUUUUCCAACAGUCAUUUUUCCCUAAAGUCAUUUGACAGACAGUUUUUCCGUCGAAAGUCAUUUAACCGACAGGCAGUAGACCGAAAAUCAUUUAACCAACAGGCAGUACACUGACCGUUAGUUUUCCAACAAUUAUUUUUCCCUAAAGUCAUUUGACAGACAGUUUUUCCGUCGAAAGUCAUUUAACCGACAGGCAGUAGACCGAAAAUCAUUUAACCAACAGGCAGAACCCUGACCGUUAGUUUUCCAACAGUCAUUUUUCCCUAAAGUCAUUUGACAGACAGUUUUUCCGUCAAAAGUCAUUUAACCGACAGGCAGUAGACCGAAAAUCAUUUAACCAACAGGCAGUUUACUGAACGUUAGUUUUCGAACAGUCAUUUUACCCUAAAGUCAUUUGACAGACAGUUUUUCCGUCAAAAGUCAUUUAACCGACAGGCAGUAGACCGAAAAUCAUUUAACCAACAGGCAGUACACUGACCGUUAGUUUUCCAACAGUCAUUUUACCCUAAAGUCAUUUGACAGACAGUUUUUACGUCGAGAGUCAUUUAACCGACAGGCAGUAAACCGAAAAUAGUUUGAACUACAGGUAUAUACAUACCGUCAUUUCGCCGAAAGUCAUUUAACCGAAAAGUCAUUUGACCGAUAGUCAUUUGCCAAUUUCUUCGAAUGACUCUUGCAAUGGGGAAGAUUGAUUUAAAUAAUGGCUUUGAAUAUUUUAGAAACUAGAAAUGGCGUGUGUCAAAAAUAAUGAUUUUUAAUCAACAUUCAUGUGUCCGACACUUAGUCAAAUGACUGCUCAGUAGUAAAAAAACGAAUUUAUAAGACACUGAGUCAGUAGUUUAAAAUACGGUUUCACUUCUAAGGUCCAAUGAAGUUGAUUAAAUUGUCGAUUAAAAAUGUAAUGCGUUGUGUGAAAUAGAAAACUGUAAGUAUGUUGCACGUGACAACACUGUUUUUAAAAUUGAAAUAAAUGGAAAAGCUCUGCCAAGAAUUAAAAUUUUUUAUACUUUAUAAGUUCUGUACUGGAAAUUUUGCGAAUUAAAUUACAACAUUCAAUAUUAAAAAUGUGUAGAUUUAGUUACCUAAUCCUAAACGAAUCAUCCCAAUAAUUUAAGUUUCUUAUUAUCUAACAUAAGAAGACUAUACAUUUCACCCUAUUACGUUUUGCUUCCUUUAUAACUGAAAACAUAAUCUGCUAAAAUAAAAGUGGCAUGAGAAUUAUUUAACUGGAAUAUAUAAGAAAAAAAUAAAGAAAAACAACGAAGGCACUUAAGACAAAACAAAUGUGGCAAUAUUAAAGUUUCCUUGAUUUAAAUUACCAGUACAAGAAGAACCAAAAUUGUUGUAUAAAGCAUUAAAAACUUCGUGUUUUCGAUUAUGUAAAUAACUAUUUUUUCUACAAAUUCGUGCCAUGGGUCACCAACAAAAAAAAUUAUUUGUGUUUCGUUAUUUCUAACGAUUAAGUCUUAACCAAAGUAAUUUCCUGUUUUACAUUAAAAUUAGGUAAUGAAUAUUGCACUUUUGGCUUAAAGCAGCACGCCUUAAUAACUUAUGUUUCUUUUUAACAGGAAGCUUUUCAAUAAUGAACUUGAAAAACUUUAUUUUUCUCUAGGACGAUAAUUUGCUUUCACACUCAAGAUAAUUCAUAUUAUCAGAGGCAAGCAUAGGUAGGUACAAAUUUGUUUACAAUAUAAUUUGAUUUUUUAGUUUGAAACAUGAAGAUACUUACUAAAUAGGAAGUAAUGAGUGUAAGACGAAAUCUUCUGUGGAAAACAAGGAAAUUCUGUAGGAUCACUUUUUAAUUUGUUAAUAAAAAUCAAUGACCAAAAUAUGUUACGAAUAUUUUCACGCCUUUUGUUCCCUGCUUAGUGACUUCAAUUACACAAACUAAAUGACGAUUGUAUACUAAAUAAACCAAGGACAUUUCAGUAAAUUUGCGAAAAAAUAAAGUACGUAAUCAAAAGGAUAACUUCUGUAUUGGAUUUGACAUAUCUGUUUUAUAGUCAGUUUCCGACCUUAGUUAAGCAUGAAUGUUAUUUUUGUAUUUUUUGUCUAGUAUGACAGUCCAUUAUUGUUAAAAAAAUUUAAAGGCUAAAUAAGUUAGCAGUUUUCUACCCACAGUUAUCAUCACGUGUUAUGCAUAACUACUCAGUUUUUAGAUUUUAAUUCAUCAAAAAUAUUUAUUGUGAGUGACACUGUUUUAUUAGGUACACAAAGAAAACCUUUUAGGAACAUCACUUAAUUGGUGAUGAAAAUUGUAAGGUAUAAUAUUUAAGUAAUUAGCCACAAUACACACUAUAUAUGUAAGAAUAUUUUUAUUGUUUUAACACCUAAUCUAAAUUAAACUUAUCCUUAAACAACUUAAGUUAAAGAAUAAUGAAAGCUUAUUCAUAGUUUAGUACGUUCAAUUUUGUUAAUCUGCAUGAAUUAUUUUUAAGUCAAGUACGGUGUAACGAAUUAUUUGUAUCAUUUCAGUAGCUUCAUAUGAAUUCUGUGUUUCGAGUGAAUAAAAAUUAUGAGAAUAAAGGUUAUGAGCCCCCAUAUAUAGUUAGUAAUUUAGUUAACUGAUUUAUAAAGAAAUGCAUACUAUAUAUAAUUAAAAUUUUGUCAGAUUAUGGUACAGACAUUUUAUAACUUGAUAAAGUUUUCAGAAUUAUUUAUUUACUGUGUUUUGGAUAUGGUGACAAUAAUUUGCACACAUAAUUUUUCACCAUAACCUAAUGGUGUGAUUACUUUAUUGUAUAUAUUGUUUAGAUAAUAAUGUCGAAAACAUACUUAUAAUCAAACUUGUUGUAGAAACCUAACACGUGUAGAGUGUGAAUUAAAUACAGUAUAGAUAAUUUGUGUGAAUAGAAUCCUGAUUGUUGUUAUUCCUACUUGAUUGUGGACCCAAAAACAGACGCACAUAAUAUUUUUUAAUUUAAAAAUUCUAUUUAUAAUAUAGACAUAUCUGUACAUAAAUGUAAUCUAAUAUUUAGAAAAAUAAUUUAUUGUGGCAUGUUAAUAAUACUACGCUCUGUUUAAUAUGUGACUAAUUUAUAUCACGUGUAAUAUAAAUGAAAUCAAUGUGAAAUGCUAUUGUACAACCGUAAAAUACUUGUAGUACACCAGAGACAAAUUUAAAUAUAAAUAGUUUUC